UGACUGUGGAUGAAGAUCCCGGGGAUAAUUGUUUGCAGCGUACUAUACUAGAUCUAUACUAGCGCUGGAGUGGAUAGAAGUUUUACAAAGAGGCUGACUUCAUCAAAUUUACUCAAUAGGAUGAUAGAUUCGAGUCGUUGAAUUUAUAAGAAAGAGAUCGGCAAUAUUUUGAGUUGUCCUGGUCGAGUUCAUUCUCCGGUUGCAUAGCAUGGCGCAUCUUACAGCUGCCUCUGGAUUUUUGAAGAACACUUGGUCUCUCCCUCGCUAUCUUGCUAACAAGUCUAGGUUCCUCACAACAAGUUCUUGUCUUCAGAAAGAGAAGAAAAAGCCUACUUCAGCCCAUUUGAUUCUCCAGGAUGGUACAACAUUCACUGGUUAUUCCUUUGGUCAUCAUAAAUCAGUAGCUGGAGAGCUUGUCUUCAACACAGGUCUUGUUGGGUACCCUGAAUCACUGACGGAUCCAAGCUACAGAGGUCAAAUCUUGACCUUGACCUAUCCAAUUGUUGGUAACUAUGGAGUACCAGACACCAAGGCUAUGGACCAACAUGGUCUCAUGAAACAUGUGGAAUCAGAUAAAAUACAGGCUACAGGCCUAUUGGUCCAGGACUACUCCUACCACUACAGCCACUGGAACUCUGUCAAGUCCCUCUCUGAAUGGCUGAAAGAGGAAGAGGUUCCAGCUCUCUAUGGCAUUGACACCAGGAUGCUCACCAAGAAAGUCAGAGAUAAGGGUACCAUCCUUUGCAAGAUAGAGUUUGAUGGUGAUCCCAUAGAGUUUGAUAACCCCAAUGAAAGGAAUCUGAUGGCAGAGGUAUCCACAAAGGAGGUGAAGAUCUAUGGCAAGGGGAAUCCCCAUAAGAUUGUCACUGUUGACUGUGGUAUCAAGCACAACAUCAUUCGCAGCCUAGUCAAGAGAGGUGCUGAAGUCCAUCUUGUGCCAUGGGACUAUGACUUUAAUCAGAUCGAAUAUGAUGGUCUCUUUAUAUCUAAUGGCCCUGGGGAUCCUGCCCUUGCCACUGCUGCUAUAGACAAUCUCAAACAGGUAUUGGCUCAGGAGAAUCCUAACCCCUUGUUUGGUAUCUGUAUGGGCAAUCAGUUGACUGGAUUAGCUGCAGGUGCCCCAUCCUACAAAUUGCCUCUUGGUAACAGGGGUCACAACCAACCAGUUAUCAAUGUGUUGAAUGGUCAGGCAUUUAUCACAUCUCAGAACCAUGGCUUUGCUAUAGACGGUGACAAAUUACCCCCAGAAUGGACACCAGUCUUCGUCAAUGCCAAUGAUAAAACUAAUGAGGGAAUCAUGCAUAAGACAAAGCCAAUCUUCACAGCUCAGUUCCACCCGGAGCAUAAAGGAGGACCAACAGACACAGAGUUUCUCUUUGAUAAUUUCAUGGACAUGGUCAAAAGUGGCAAGACCAUGAAAGACCUUGAAUCUAACUUCAAAACAUCGGGAAAGAGAGCAGAGAAGAUCGAUGUCUCCAAGGUUCUGGUUCUAGGAUCUGGAGGACUGUCCAUUGGUCAAGCGGGAGAGUUUGAUUAUUCCGGCUCUCAGGCCAUCAAGGCACUGAAGGAGGAGAAUGUCAAGACUAUCUUGAUGAAUCCAAACAUAGCCUCGGUUCAGACCAAUGAGUACGGUGAGAAGCAGGCCGACAGUGUCUACUUCGUACCCAUCACACCAGAAUUUGUCACCGAUGUCAUCAAGCGGGAGAAACCUGAUGGGAUCCUGCUCUCCAUGGGAGGCCAGACUGCCCUCAACUGUGGGGUGGAGCUGUAUAAAAGAGGGAUCCUGCAGGAGCAUGGAGUACAGGUGUUGGGUACUCCCAUUGAAUCUAUUAUGGCGACUGAGGAUAGACAGACAUUCAAUGAUAAGCUCAUGGAGAUUAAUGAAAAGAUUGCUCCCAGUGUGGCCGUAGAAACCGUCUCUGAUGCCAUUGAUGCUGCUAGGAAGAUUGGUUAUCCAGUAAUGGUGCGGGCAGCUUAUGCCCUUGGAGGCCUGGGGUCAGGGGUCGCAGAGAAUGAAGAAGCUUUGAGAGCUAUUGCAACAAGGGGUUUAGCUUUAUCUAAUCAGCUGUUGAUAGAGCAAUCCCUACUAGGAUGGAAGGAGGUUGAGUAUGAGGUGGUCCGGGAUGCAUCAGACAAUUGUGUCACGGUAUGCAACAUGGAGAACUUUGACCCUCUCGGAGUCCAUACAGGUGAUUCCAUCGUGGUUGCCCCAAGCCAGACCCUCUCCAACCAAGAAUACCACAUGCUGCGAGAGACGGCCAUCAAGACUGUCCGCCAUCUUGGUAUCAUAGGGGAGUGUAACAUCCAGUAUGCUCUUCACCCAUCAUCCCUGGAGUACUGUAUCAUUGAGGUGAAUGCCAGGCUCUCCAGGAGCUCUGCUCUAGCCUCUAAGGCUACAGGCUACCCGUUGGCCUUCAUUGCCGCCAAGCUUGCCCUGGGUAUUGCCUUACCAGACAUCAAGAACAGUACCACCCAGGCCACUACAGCAUGCUUUGAACCUAGUCUGGAUUACAUCGUUACCAAGAUCCCUCGCUGGGACCUGGACCGUUUCCAUGGUACCUCCAAGCAGAUCGGCAGUGCCAUGAAGAGCGUUGGAGAGGUGAUGGCCAUUGGACGUACCUUCGAGGAGAGUCUUCAGAAAGCUCUUCGUAUGAUUCAUCCAUCCAUCGAUGGUUUCACCCCAGACCUUCCCAGUGGCAAGACGUUACCCGGUAACCUAGAGGAGGAGCUUAGAGUACCAUCCAGCAACCGUAUCUAUGCUAUUGCCAAGGCAUUCCAAGAUGGUUUCUCAGUGGAUAAGAUCCAUGAUUUGACAGCCAUUGAUAAGUGGUUCUUACACAAGCUAGACAAAAUCAAAAGCAUUGAUGAUGAGCUGGGAGAAUUCAGUGCUGAAACUGUACCCCGCACCACACUACUGGAAGCUAAAGGUGCUGGUUUCUCUGACAAACAGAUCGGCAAGAAGAUAGGGCUCUGUGAGACUGAUUCUAGGAAACUUAGACUUUAUCAUGACAUUGCCCCAUGGGUCAAACAGAUUGACACUAUGGCAGCCGAGUAUCCAGCGAAGACAAACUACCUGUAUUGCACUUAUAAUGGCAUGGAACAUGACCUUUCAUUUGAUGACAGAGGUACAAUGGUUUUGGGAUGUGGUCCUUAUCACAUAGGGAGCAGUGUAGAGUUUGACUGGUGUGCAGUGUCCAGCAUCCGGUCACUGCGUGAGAUGGGCCGGAAGACAGUAGUGGUCAACCAUAACCCCGAGACGGUCAGUACAGAUUUUGAUGAGUGCGACCGACUCUACUUUGACGAGCUGUCCAGGGAAAGGGUGCUGGACAUCUACCAACAUGAGGGUUGUACAGGAAUGAUCAUCUCAGUGGGCGGACAGAUACCCAACAACCUGGCCCUACCCCUGUAUAAUGAUGGUGUCAAUAUCCUAGGAACCAGCCCUCUACAGAUCCAUGCUGUGGAAGAGAGGUCGAUAUUCUCUGCCAUUCUUGAUGAUCUGAAUGUUGAUCAAGCCCCUUGGAGAGCCCUUUCAUCAUUGGAUGAAGCUUUGGAGUUUGCUGCAAGUGUUGGAUACCCCUGUCUUCUCAGACCUUCAUUUGUUCUAAGUGGGUCAGCAAUGAAUGUUGCCUUUGGACCAGAGGAGCUCAAACGCUUCUUAGAGGAAGCUACAAAGGUAUCCCAGGAACACCCUGUUGUCAUCACAAAGUUCAUAGAGGGCGCUAGAGAGGUAGAAAUGGAUGCUGUGGCCAGGAAUGGAAAGGUUGUUGCUCAUGCAGUGACAGAGCAUGUGGAGAAUGCAGGGGUACAUUCAGGAGAUGCUACCCUCAUCUUACCCCCUCACACCCUAACAGAUGAACAACAGAGGAAGGUGAGAGAAAUGACGGCCAAGAUUGCUCAGCGUUUCCAGAUCUCUGGACCAUUCAACAUUCAGUUCUUAGCCAAGGACAAUGAAGUCAAGGUUAUUGAGUGCAAUCUGCGAGCUUCUCGUUCAUUCCCUUUCGUCUCCAAGACAAUCAACUGUGACUUCAUCAACGUAGCAACCAAGAUCAUGGUGGGAGAACAUAUCGACCCUAGUCUCCUUCCAAGCCUUAAGAACCCAUUUGUGCCACAGGGAUAUGUUGGCAUCAAGGCUCCAAUGUUUUCCUGGCCAAGAUUACGUGAUGCUGAUCCUCUUCUUAGGUGUGAGAUGGCCUCUACAGGAGAGGUGGCUUGCUUUGGUCCCAAUGUCCAGACAGCAUUCCUAAAAGCCUUGCUCUCUACAGGAUUCAAGGUGCCUAAGAAGAGUAUCAUGAUCGGCAUACAGAAGACCUUUCAAUCUGAGUUCCUUCCUACCGCUAUGAAGUUCCAUCAGAUGGGUUACGAGUUGUAUGCCACAGAGGCAACAGCAGAAUACCUGGAGGCCCAUAACAUUCCUACCACAACAGUUGGUUGGCCGCUUGUUGAUCUACACGAGAAGAGUGAUGCCACAAAUGCAACCAAGUUGAUAUAUGAGGGUGAUAUUGAUCUGGUUAUCAACCUGCCAAACCAUAAUACCAAGUAUGUGAAAGAUAACUUCCUCAUACGACGAGCUGCAAUCGACUCCGGAGUUCCUCUCUUCACCAAUUUUGAGGUGGUGAAGUUAUUUGCUGAGGCUUUAGAUCACGUUGGACAGCUUGAUGCCACAUCACUUUUUCACUACAAGCGCCCUACAGGCAAGUCGGACAAGGUGAUUACAUCCUGAAUGUGAACUUCCCUAUUUAUUACGACAGUCCCUGUUCAGAUUUGAAAGUAAUUUUAUUUUCUACAAUUCAAGUAAUUAUUUC